UCUCGCCCCGCCCCUUCCAUCUGCGGCGCCCUGUGAUUGGAGGGAGGAACCAAUACUUGGCAGCGCCGUUGGGGUGCGAGGAAGAGGGCCCCGGCCGAAGGUGACGCUGAGGCGGCGGAGGUGCGGAGAGCGGAGCUGGCCGUGAGUGAGAGCAAGCCACGGCAGCACUUCGGGCGCUCUCCUCCAUCUCUCUGUGGUACCGGCCCCGCCCCGCGCCUGCGCACUGCACGCCCCGUCGCGGCCGCUCGGUACCCCUUCCGCCGGGGGAAGGCGGGGUCCUCGCUGCCCCUCCCGCGGGGUCUGUUUUCCUCCUGGGAAGAGGUUCCCGCUCCCUCGGCCGAGAAUUGGGGCCUUAGCGCCACUCCACUUCGCUUCCUCGCCAGCCCCUCGGGACCGGCUACCCCAAGCCCCGCCAGGUCGUCGGGAGCGGCCGCGGGUGGACCCGUCAGUGAAGGGAGCUCGGCCGCCGCCCAAAGUGAUCUUGCCCUUGGGAAUUUCCAAACGCUCCAGGUUCAGACAGGAACUCGGCAGAGCCCUGUAGGCGGCUUGUUGGGGGCACAGGAGGCGGUCAUCCCCGCAUUGUUAGGGGCGCUAGGUGCGCCUGGCCCCUUUCGUCCGCGCCGGCCUCUGGGCUUUGACAUCUCGGACGCUGCAUAGCCCAGACUGCGGAGCUGUCAGUCAGGGCUCACACUUCUUUUGUUUCUCGUCUAAUCCAGCCCCUCUGCGCGGGGAGGUUGUCUGCGGAUCCCUCCCACCGACGUCCAAAUACACCCCCUCCACCAGCUGCUCUUUCUAGGAAUCACUUUCUGAGACCUGUUGCCGACUCUCCCACUCAUGCAUUCUAGAUCUUUGACACAGUUUCUUUGUAACUCUUACACCCACUGGAGAACCUUCUGCUGAGCCUGAUAGGAGGAUUUUUCACAGUUACGAUACGAGAUAGAAAACUGUCGUGCUCAGAAAGCUGAGAGGAGGAGAAAUUACUUGGGAAUGCUAAUAAUAAAACUCUUGGGGAGGGGGGCACGGUUAUGUAUUGGACCUUUAAAGGCAAGAAGACUGAGGACUGGUAAUUGAAGGGUGAGGUUGGGCUCUCUAGCAAAGCUGACUGAUGUCUUGAGUUAGUAAACGAUCCGAGAACAAGCAUGAGACUUGCAAAGGAAGGAGGGUUGGAUUACUGACUGCAGUUAUAAACAAGGCACCUGUGAUUUCUCAUCCACUGGGCAGCGACUGCCAGGCGCCAUUAAUCGGACACCAGGGACUUGGCUGUAUAUUACCUGCCUAGUGUUUUCCCAAACAGAGAUGUGGUAUGGUGUGUUCCUGUGGGCACUGGUGUCCUCUCUCUUCUUUCAUGUCCCUGCUGGACUGCUGGCCCUCUUCACCCUCAGACGUCACAAAUAUGGUAGGUUCAUGUCUGUAAGCAUCCUGUUGAUGGGCAUCGUGGGACCAAUUACUGCUGGAAUCUUGACAAGUGGAGCAAUUGCUGGAGUGUACCGAGCAGCAGGAAAGGAAAUGAUACCAUUUGAGGCCCUCACCUUGGGCACUGGACAGACAUUCUGUGUAGUGGUGGUCUCCUUCUUACGGAUUUUAGCUACUCUAUAGCAUACACCCUUGUGCUGCGAUGAAAAAACCUAAGUUUUAUAGAAUCCUCAAAAAGAAUACACUGUGGAAUGUAGUGUUUUCUUAGCUCUUCAAAUGGAAGCAACGUGAAUGAAAAGGUAUAUGAAGAACAACAUCUCAGACCUUUCUUCAGUUUGAAGCUCCAGGCACUAAAGAUCUUUUUGGACCCAUUGUUCUCAACCAAAACAAAUCAAGUUUCUUUUCUGUUCUUUCUUUCUUUCUUUUUUUUUUUUUUUUUAACAUAUUUAAUUCAGGCAGUUUUACAGGUGCACCUUUACCCAAGUCAGCAGUGCUUCUGGGUUGGCAUCCUUUGCACUGAAAUUUGUAAUAUUCUGUGAGAAAAUGCAAUGUUGCAUAUUUCAGAGAAGCUGUGGAACAUACUGGUUUAUUUCUGAGCAGAAUAGACGGUACUAAAAUCUUAUUUGAUCUAACCUCGAUUAACAUAUGGCAAACUCUUCUCUUGCUCCAACUUCAUGACAGUAAGUGCCAAGUAGGUUUUGGUUGAGUGUAAUGUUGAGAACAAAAUUGGUGAAAUAAAACACACAAAAAAUCUGUAACUCAAGUAGUGGCUUCAAUUCCACUGUUUAAAGAAAAAGGAGGUAACUACUGAAUGAUGUGACAUUUUAAGGAUAACUAUCUUGACCUCUGAUUAUGCAAUAGAUUUUAAGAGAUAUGAAUUUGUUGUUUUGUAUAUUUUAUCAAAAUAAGCUAGCCAAUUGAGAAUUUUUUCCCCAUAAUUCUUGUACCACCUUUUCCUAUCACUUUUAUUCUAUUAAUUUUAUUUAGUUUAAUUGGAAACAUACCCUAUUAAAUAGCUCAAGUUGAAAAUUUUAAGCCAAAUUAGUCAGGACACUCUUAACAUUGAGGCACACACACAAAAUGAUACUUUAAACAUUCUGUUACAGUUUUUCUUAGUGACUUUGGUUUAUUUCUGGCUCUUGAAAAAUUGUAGAAGUGCAGCUUAAACAAGAGUUAGUGGUUAUUGAUUUCCUGGUCUUAGUGUGGUGACCUAGUGAUGGGUUUUCAGUCUACCUUUACAGUGUUGGGUAUCACUUCCAGGAAGUGCCUAAAGGUUAAUUUUCAUAUAUGCCUUCCACUGUGUGCUUUCCAUUGUCCUUCAAGAGAAUUUAUAUCCUUAAAGCAAAUUAAAUAUCAGGGUUUUUUUUAAAACCCAAUUUUAGCUAUUUUAAUUUUUCUUCUAAUGCCUCACUCUCUUUUUCAUUGAAAGGCCUGAGAACUGUGACCUUCAAAAGAAAAAAUACUGUAAAAAAUUAAGUCUCUAAUUCAAUCCUUACCACCUAAACUGUUUUGUAUGGGAUACAAUCAGUGUUAUUAUCUGUUUUCAAAAUAGUUUCUGGUAUUUUGGUCUGACAUUUUUAAAGGAAAGCCUUCAUUGUGAGUGUAAGGCUUAACUCCCAUGAGGUUGUGUGUACACGAAUGUAUCUAUUCCAUGUAAAGCAAUAUGCACUCUGGCUUCAGAUUAAAAAUAGCCAGGAGGACCAGUUUACCAGGGAUAGUCAAAGAGAAAAAUUACAAAGGAUCACAAAAAUUAACUGAACAUUUUCUUCUAACUAAUAGGUCAUUAGUCCACGUAUCAGAAUACUGACAUACACUCAGAUUAGGUGGAAAACUUCUAAGAGUUGGAAUGGAAGCAAACAUCUUGACAAAUUCCCCACCAAGGUUACUCUCCAAUACUCAAAUCUUUCUUUCAAGCAGGGUUUUAAGUCUUUAGUUAGACUCCAUUUUUUAGUUCAGUGAGCUGUGAUUUUGAAAAGUAGCCUUUCGGUGUAAGACAUUUGUUAUAGGAAAUGAUUUUAAUCAUUUCCAUUGAAAGAUGCUUCUUAGCAUUGUCAUCUAAAACAUUCCUUUGGAUAGAAUUUCACAAAUUGAACAUGGAGCCACUGGGCAGUGGACUCCUCCCCCAAAUACUAAUUUUUGAACAUACUGAUCUAUGAUUUAAAUGUUUGGUUAUUUUUCUUUUAGAGCCAAGACACAAAUAUUACGCAUUUUGAAAGGUAUCUUUGUUUUCAUCUGUUUCUUGUUUGCUAUAUGUUGAUUAUCUACUCUUUCUACAAAUUUCAAAUAUAAAAUGUAUCUUCAAAUUAUUGAAUGUUUCAUCCAUCCCAGUAUGUGAACAUUCUCCUGUGAAUAAAUGUAUAUAGACUUCAUAUAGCUUGAGCUUUGUUGCUUGAAAUGUUUUUAGGGAGAAGCUAUUUGAAUGAUAAGGAAUGUCUAUUCCCCCUUAUUGGUUUUUUUUUUUUAAUUUCUCAUUUAAAAUGCACAAUUAUUUAGGGGUGGUUGCUCUGAUGAAAAAAUACUGACAUUUGUGUUGAACAUUUUAUUUUACCAUAUAUAGCUUUUCAGAAUUUUUGCCUACUUUCAUAGAGACAUAUGCAACCAUCCCUCCCCCAGCUGUGCAUCCAGUUUUCCUUUUUUUCUUAACGAGGAGAGGGAGGCAGCCCCAAUCAUAAAAGCUGAUCUCUGCAUUCUUUAAUAUGGGGUUUUAGAAUGAAGGCAUUUCUUGAAAACUUAAAUCCAUAUAAAUAAAUGAGUACUGAAUAUUCCAAGAUAAAGAUGUCUCUUUGUGCUAUUAACUCACUUUUUUUUAAAACAGCAAAACAUUACUUAGGAAAUGUCUAAACUGAUGAGAAAAAGUUCAUGCAAAUGAUUACCUUUAAGCCCUUUGUUAUGUUAGUUCUAAAGUUUUUAAAUUGUAUGUUAGCUUUUGAUUCCAAUGCCCUUUCUGACUGCUCUGUUUUGAAUUAAGUUCUUACUACACCUUCAGUGCAUACCAGCCUUCCCUGAGAAACCAUUUCCUGGAAUGUGAAGUCCUGGUGCCAUCGGCUGUCCACACGCAGAAAGUUCUGUGUACAUGCAUUUCCUUUUUGUGCACUCUGUUAGGCUGAUUGUGGCCAAAAUCAGCUUAACUUUUUGUAUUAGGUUGUCUCACUAACUGCUACAGUCAAAAUGAUCAAAUCUUUGUACAAUAGAAAGUUAUUUAAAUUUUAUUUUUCUACUGACAUUUCUAAUUCUGGUAUAAAUGUUUAUGAAUAAAGAAUCACUUUCAAUUCUGUGAACUGGAACUGUUGUUUCUUUUUCAGUGGCCAGUGAGUUUAAUCUUUUGUAAUAAAGUUGUCCAACUUCA